AUGUUCCAGUGUAAAACCGGUCAUACAGUUCAAUGCGAGCGUGAGCCUGAACGUUCACAAAGAAGUGGCAAUGUUAAAAUCUGUUUUAUUGACACUAAAAGGUUUCCUCUGACUUCUGAGGAGGACCUAAUUCAGUUAGAGGAAGACAUUACAGAGGACAACAAAGAAGCUAUGAUUAUUAGUUUGAAAAAACUUAUUAUACCUGGAGGAUGGAGCAAAAAUAUGGAGAGACUCAUUGUAACCGAAGUAAUUCUAGAGUAUAAUGUGGAUGGAAAAAACAACAAGAAAAGGCUUCGCAAUUUCCCGAAAUUCUUGAACAUACUAUAUGAAGCGACAGUGGGUGAAGGAAAAACAUUUGACGAUUUUUUAAAUGACUUGCGGCAUGGACUGCGCUGUGUAAAAAAUAAACACUUUAAGAAAGUGUGCUUAGAAAAUAAGGAUAAAUGA